AUGGCGAGGAAAGAUAGUGGCAAGUAUGCUGGCAAGAGUCUUAUUGACAGGAUUGGCAAGGUGAAUGGCGCUGGUGUUAACCGUAAGCGUGCCAUUCCUGGUCCCACGCCUACUGGCCCCAAGAAGGCCGGCAGUGCUGGUUUCACCGUAGUCAAUGGUAAAUUAGUGAAGGCUGACGAUAUUGGCGUGCUAUUGAGGGCCGCUGGCAACUCUCCCAGAGACGUUGUCAAGGGUAAGCGUGAAGUGAAGAAGAGUAUCCGGUCUGCGAAGGCUAAUAGCGUGAAAGUUCCAACCAAGCCAAAGCAAUCAACUAGCAAGGCGCAAAAGAAAAUGAAGAGCAAGCCAAAUGUAAUUACACCAACUAAUAUACCUACUUUCCCAGUUGGUACUGGCAACACUUUAGUCAUCUCCACGAACACUGAUGCGUCUGACAAGUCAUUAGUGUUGUACAACUUGACCCUGGGUGUAAAUCAGAGGAACUUACAAAAGAUAUUGGAAAACCUGGCGAACGUUUCCAUCAAGCGCGUGAAGGUGCGUGAUUUGCCCUCAGGCUCGGCGACUGCUCAUGUCUGGCUGAAGAAAGCCACCAUCGAGGAACUGGAACGUGUACGAAAACUAUUCCAUGGUGCUUUGGUCGAUGGCAGGACCAUCCAGGUGAUGAUCAGUUCAGAAACAAGUAACAACUUGACUUACUAA